GCGACGCACAGCGUCCCUUGCUACCAAGUCCGCGUGUGCUACAGCUCUCUUGAGCCGACUGUGUGCUGUGUGCUGAGUGUGUCUUUUCAGCCAAUCAGAGUGCGGCUUUGAACGCGACUUAAGUCAGUCAGACACUGCACGUCUAAGGGUCCGGACGACAGAACACAAGGACGGGGAAUGCAGAAAGUGGAACCCAUCCUCAUGAAAAAGUAAAUAAAAUACGUUAACGCAAAAAACUUAUCUGGCCGCAAAGCCCCAUUCAUUAUCCGAAAUACCAGCAAGGUGAACAUGGGAAGUACCGAUCCUCGGAGAGUGACCGUAUUUUGGAAAGUUUCAACUUUACAACAUGAAAGGCGCGUUCUCAAACCAGUGCUCAACAACAGAUGUCAGCGGAACUCGAAGGGUGUUUCCAUUGUGAAUACUAAGCGAAAUCAGCCGCUUUUAUAGAUCCUAAAAGUUUUCUCAACCGACAGAACACCCCUUGUUUAUAGGCUGUGCGUGUUUUUAAAGAUUCCCACAUAUGUAAGGGUAAAGGAGCAAAGUGAUGCCCCAGUGCUGGCAGGACCCCCCCAGACCAUGCUUUCCAGAUGCCCAGCGUUCACCCGCCAUGUAAUAGGAUUCCUGGUGUUAGUGUUGUUAACCACAAACGUUCGAUCAGGACCCCGUUAUAGUUCUCGGAUAGUGGACAUUCAAUCAGGAGCUAUUCGCGGAAUAAUUCUUGAACUAAAUUCUCGUCAUUUGGAACCCGUGGAAGUGUUUCGAGGCGUUCCUUACGCCGCUCCUCCUGUUGGUCCACUAAGAUUCAGUCCGCCACAACCGCCGCUUUCUUGGCCUGGGACUAGAUUAGCGGAUACCUUCGGUUCGGUGUGCCCGCAGAAGUUGCCGGAUAUAACAAACAGAACAGCAGCCCUGCAGACGAUGCCCAAAGGCAGAUAUCAGUAUCUCAAGAAAUUGGUUCCAUUGUUGGUGAACCAGUCGGAAGAUUGCCUGUUUCUUAACAUCUACGUCCCUGGAAGUGGUAACCGAGGAUUCGAAGCUCCUUACGCUGUUUUAGUGUUUGUUCACGGAGAAAGCUUCGAGUGGGGUGGAGGCCACCCCUACGACGGAAGCGUGCUGGCUUCCUACGGACACGUCAUUGUGGUUACCCUAAAUUUUCGUCUUGGCAUUCUUGGUUUCUUACGUACGAAAGCAAGUUUCGAUAAAAGCGACUCUUCAGCGGAAAACUUGGGGAUUAAGGACAUCGCUGCGGCUCUACGUUGGAUUAAGAUUAACAUUGCAGCAUUCGGAGGAGACCCCAGCCGUGUAACCUUAGUAGGUCACGAUACCGGGGCUGCUCUAGUUAAUUUACUCUUUGUUUCUCCCAAUUCCAAAGGGCUCUUUAAAAGGGUGGUGCUCCUAAGUGGCACAGCACUCAGUCCUUGGGCUACAAUUCAUAAUCCCAACAGUCUGCGGGUUAGUGUUGGACAACAAACGGGUUGCUUAGGAACCGAUUCGACGGAUGAAAACGAAGAUAUAGCUCCUUGCCUCAGAUCCCGGCCACUCCAGGCUCUUCUCGACGUCCAGCUGGAAACCGUACGAUUCAUGCCAAGGAUCGCUCCAUCCCUCCCUAUGGACCUUCAAAGCCCUGACCCGUCCUUCGCCAUGGAGCACGCCAGCGAGAACUUCAUCAUGUGCGAAGUGCUGCUGGGCACAACGACCACCGAGAGUUACAGUGACUUUAGUGCCGCCGAUAUUCAGUACGGUUUCGAGGAGGACCAACGCAAUCGUGUUUUAAGGACUUACGUUAGAAACGCUUACAUCUACCACUUGAACGAGAUUUUUUCCGCGAUUAGAAACGAAUACACGGACUGGGAUAAGCCGAUACAGCAUCCCAUCAAUAUUAGGGACUCCACAAUGGAGGCGUUAAGUGACGGACAUACAGUGUCGCCGUUAAUCCGGGUCGCGUACUUGCACGCCCGGAGAGGAGCCAAAACCUAUUUCUUUCAUUUUGGAUAUCAGACGAAGGACAGCGAUUAUCCUCAGCGGCUGGGAAGCGUGAGGGGUGAAGACGUCACGUAUAUACUCGGGAUGCCCCUGGUCGGGGGCAUGCCAUUCUUCGCCCAAAACUUCAGCAAGCAAGACAUGGGAGUGGCGGAGGCAGUGCUCAACUUUUUCAGCAACUUUGCCAAGACGGGCGAUCCCAACGCUCCGGGGAUUCACAAGGACGUCCCAGAUUACGGGACUCUCCGAGAAAAGACGCGGUAUCGUGGACUUGUGUGGGAGCCGUACGAAAUCGGGACGCAAUAUUAUCUAAGCAUUACAUUAAAGCCAAAGAUGAAGAGCCACUACCGGGGCCACAAGAUGGCCGUUUGGUUGAAUCUAAUCCCGCAACUGCAUCAACCAGGCGACGAAGACGUCAGUAUGAGGCACCACCAUUUCCACGAGCGAGAACCUCAUUACUAUGCUGGUUCUGUCAGGGCGGAAUCAUUCACUCGCUUACCCCCAUCCCUGCAUCCGGCCUCAAUGACAGAUUCCCAUAUCGCAAACGGAGAGGGCACGGAAUGCGUUCCCAACACAACAGCUGAUGACCAACUCGUAGACGAUGACGAAUUAAACUUAAGUGACGAGGAAAGCGGAGAAGAGCUCCUUCAAAAACUGGCCACCCGACACUACUACAGCUACACCGCUGCCCUGGGCGUGACGGUCGGUGUAGGAUGUCUCCUUCUCAUCCUCAACAUGUUAAUAUUCGCUGGAAUUUACUACCAAAGAGAUCGCGAUCGCCGAAGACAAAAUCAUGUCCGUUCCUCUCGCUCCAAUUCAUCUCCAUCAACAGAGACAAUACCCAUGUCACAUCGUCCUUCUAGUCCUGACAGUUCAUCUCGUCAGUCGCCCAUCAUUAGUAGGAAAGAGAAACAAGAACUGCCCCCUUCUUACAGCGUAAUGCCGAAGAGUCCAUCUCGUACAGAUGUGCCUUCUUUAAAACAGGAUACACUGAAAAGGGAGAAACCUCCACCGCCCGUCAGAACCACUAGCAAUUUAUCCGGCGGAACUGUCAAGAAAAGAGUACAGAUUCAGGAGAUAUCUGUAUAGCAAUCACAGAAUGAGGUUUGUUCCUCAUCGAAAAUUAACAAACCGGACGUCACACCGGAGCAUGAGGCGUUAAAUCCGUGCGACCUCGUUUCGUUCCAGUUAUAACGAAAACGUGACAGUGCGACGAUGUGCAUGAAGAACUUGACAAUAUUCAAAAGUUAGAUGAUUUAAAUACGACUCGAAGCUGAAACUGUAAAUUGUAAAUAGUUUUAAUCUUAAGACGCGUUCUUGUUUUAAGAAUCUUUAAUAAUGUAAGCUAGAAAGGAUUAAAGGAAAAUACAUACGAAACAUGAUUGUAUAAGGUGUUCCUUAUUGUAAUCUUUCUUUUUGGAUUAUUUUUGUCCUUUUAUUAU